UAUUGAUAUUGACAUCACUGAAGGAUCAUUGGUAGCUGUCGUUGGUCAGGUUGGGUCGGGGAAGUCGUCGCUAUUAUCUGCACUGCUUGGCGAAAUGGAGAAACUAGAUGGUAAAGUGUUUAUGAAGGGAUCAGUUGCCUACGUAGCACAACAAGCAUGGAUCCAGAAUACUACUUUACAGAAUAAUAUUCUUUUUGGUACCAAGUAUAUACAAAAAAAAUACAACAAAAUUGUAGAUUGCUGUGCACUGACACCAGAUAUAGCUGUAUUGCCCGGUGGUGAUCAAACUGAGAUCGGUGAAAAGGGUAUUAAUUUGAGUGGUGGUCAGAAGCAACGAGUUAGUCUCGCCAGAUCAGUAUACUCAAAUUCAGAUAUAUACUUGCUGGAUGACCCGUUGAGUGCUGUGGAUGCUCAUGUCGGCAAGCACAUAUUUGAUCAUGUGAUUGGACCUACAGGAUUACUGAAGAAAAAGACCCGUAUUUUGGUUACUCAUGGCCUUAGUUUUCUACCGCAAGUUGACAAGAUCAUUGUCUUAGUGGACGGGAGAAUUACGGAAGUAGGGUCCUUUAAAGAACUACUUAAUAAAGAUGAAGCAUUUGCAGAGUUUUUGCGUAAUUACAGUUCUGACGCCGAUGACAACCAAGCUGAAGAAGAUGAAGCUGCAGUAUUGUCACUUAGUGAAGAGAUCCAUAAUCUUUCAGAGAUGCGAUCUCUAACAACAGUUUCCAUGGGUGAUAAAGAUGGUCAUCCAUCUUCCUUACAUAGUGAUUCAUUGUCAAUGCUAGAGAGAAAGUCAUCGAAAAUACACCUGCAAUCUUCUUUGAAAGAAGAAAAAGAGAAAAAAAUGAAUAUGGAAAAAGCUGAAGAAACAAAACUGGUACAGAAAGAAAAGUCAGAAACUGGUCAUGUGAAAUUCAACGUGUUUUGGGCAUACAUAAAAUCCAUGGGAAUUUUACUCACAAUACUUGUAUGUUUCCUGUACAGCGGUAACACUGCGUUUGCUAUCAGGACAAAUUUUUGGCUGGCAAGAUGGAGUCAGGAGCCCACAAUAAAUGGAACUCAAGAUCCCAGUAAACGUGAUCUUUAUCUUGGUGUUUAUGGUGCUCUUGGAAUUUGUCAAGCAAUCUUAGCGUACAGCCACCUUGUGCUUUUUUACUACUCAGUGACCCAAGCAGGGAAACAUCUCCACUCUGGAUUGCUUCAGAAUAUUCUUCACUGUCCUAUGCAGUUUUUUGAAUCGGUGCCGCUUGGAAGAGUUCUCAAUCGUUUCUCCAGUGACAUUGAUACAUUAGAUGUACGUCUACCAAUGACAUUGCUGUACCUGAUAAUGAACAUUGCUGAAGUUUUGUCUGUUCUAUUGGUUAUCUGCAUCUCAACGGUGAUAUUCUUAGUUAUUGUACCACCACUUCUCAUUCUCUACUUCCUGGUUCAG